AAGGAAGGGUAGCGCGGCGCACACCACUCGCUCGCCAAGGUUGGAAGGAGCGUGCGGCCCUGUUUCCCGGCACCUCUUUCUCCUUAAUUCCCUGCCAUCUGCAUGCGUUCAUCUGCAGAUCGACUCCGAUCGACGCCUCCGCUUGACGGAAGGAAACAGAGGGGAAGAGAGAGGAUCGUCGUCGACGAUGAUGCGGCGGCGGCUGGGCUGAAAGAGAAACAGCAUCUCUUGAGGAUCGUCGUUUCGUUGCAUGGGCAACUACUACUCGUGCGGCGCCUCGUCCACGUCCAGCCCGACCUCACCGUCCUUGGUCGACUACUACUACUGCUAUCAUCGGUAUCCAAGCAGUUGCAGUAGUACAAGCACAGCAACAAGUAGCGGGGGGAGGAUGCCGAUCCGCAGCCACCAGCAGAGGCUGUCGUCCCCGACGGCGGUGCUGGGGCACGAGACGCCGGCGCUGCGGGAGGUGUACACGGUGGGGCGGAAGCUGGGGCAGGGGCAGUUCGGGACGACGUACCUGUGCACGCAGGUGUCGACGGGGGCGGAGUACGCGUGCAAGUCGAUCGCGAAGAGGAAGCUGCUGAGCCCGGAGGACGUGGAGGACGUGCGGCGGGAGAUACAGAUAAUGCACCACCUGGCGGGGCACGGGAGCGUGGUGACCAUCCAGGGCGCGUACGAGGACAACCUGUACGUGCACAUCGUGAUGGAGCUGUGCGAGGGCGGGGAGCUGUUCGACCGCAUCGUGGAGCGCGGCUACUUCUCGGAGCGCAAGGCCGCGGAGAUCACGCGCGUCAUCGUCGGGGUGGUGGAGGCGUGCCACUCCCUGGGCGUCAUGCACCGCGACCUCAAGCCCGAGAACUUCCUCCUCAAGGAAUCCUCCUCCUCCUCCUCGCUCAAGGCCAUCGACUUCGGCCUCUCCGUCUUCUUCAAGCCCGGGCAGGUGUUCAGCGACGUGGUGGGGAGCCCCUACUACGUGGCGCCGGAGGUGCUGUGCAAGCACUACGGCCCCGAGGCGGACGUGUGGACGGCGGGCGUCAUCGUCUACAUCCUCCUCAGCGGGGUGCCCCCCUUCUGGGCGGAGACGCAGCAGGGCAUCUUCGACGCCGUCCUCCGGGGAUCCCUCGACUUCGACUCCGACCCAUGGCCCACCAUCUCCGACAGCGCCAAGGACCUCAUCCGCCGCAUGCUCCGCUCCCCGCCCAGGGAACGCCUCACCGCCCACCAGGUGCUUUGCCACCCCUGGGUCUGCGACGACGGCGUCGCCCCCGACCGCCCCCUCGCCCCCGCCGUCCUCUCCCGCCUCAAGCAGUUCUCCGCCAUGAACAGGCUCAAGAAGAUGGCGCUGCGUGUCAUCGCCCGGAACCUCUCCGAGGAGGAGCUCGCUGGCCUCAAGGAGAUGUUCAAGGCCAUGGACACCGACGCCAGCGGCGCCAUCACCUUCGACGAGCUCAAGGAAGGACUCCGCAGAUACGGCUCCAACCUCAGGGAGGCUGAGAUCAGGGAUCUCAUGGACGCCGCCGACGUUGACAAAAGCGGCACCAUCGACUACGACGAGUUCAUCGCCGCCACCGUCCACCUCAACAAGCUGGAGCGCGAGGAGCACCUGCUCGCCGCCUUCGCCUACUUCGACCGCGACGGCAGCGGCUACAUCACCGUCGACGAGCUCGAGCACGCCUGCAGGGACCACAACAUGGCCGACGUUGGCAUCGACGACAUCAUCCGCGAAGUCGACCAAGACAACGACGGCCGCAUCGACUACGGCGAGUUCGUCGCAAUGAUGAAGAAGGGCGCUAUCGAUAUCAUCGGCAACGGAAGGCUCACCAUUGGAAGGCCAACUACGGCUACUUCCGACGAUCCUUCUCCAACAAUCUCUUCUUCCUCUAGAUGAUGCAUCAACGCCAAACAAACAAACAAUGCAAAUAUGGUUCCCAAUUACUUCAAUUCACAACUCCGACUCACGGAUCGCUCGCAUGGCAUGCUAGCUAGUAGCAUAUACUCUAUACUCUCAAGAUUCAUCAUUCUUUUUAUACCAUGCAUACAGCUGAUUAUUUCUUGGGAUAGAAUAAAAUUAAGGGCAUAUACCUCCAGAGAUCGAUCAAUCUAUGCAUGUAUAUGGUUUUGUUGCGGAUACAUGCAUGCCAACGGAAGCAAUUUGUAUAUGUGGGUACCUGAUCCAAGAGAGUGCAUAUAAAGCAAUUUUUCCUGUGUA